AAACAGCGUGCUUGGCUGUCAAUGUCAAAAUUCGCGUCUAAAAAGUUUUUUUUUUAAUCAAAACACGCAAUUUCCCAAAUUGUUAGUAAAUUUUUUGCAAAAAUCUCCCAAAUUGCGUGCAAUAAUGUGGGUGUGAACAUUCUGGGGUCCAGGAAGUUUUGUAUUGUGUCACGAGAGAAGAUUAAUUUGACGAAGAAGAAUGUCCAGCCGCAGCUGCAAGAAGCAGGAUGUCAAUCUGGAUCAUCUCUACUACAAAGCCGAGAGUAAUGCCUACAUUAAGAGUAGCAGCACCAGCUCCGACUUGAUAACCAUCAUCAAGGAGAAUAAGCAGCUAAAGUCCAUGCUGCUGCUGCAUUUGGAUCUCAUUCAGGAGCAGAGUGACCAAUUGCUGACAAAGGAGAAGCAAAUUUCGAAUCUCCGGCAGGAGAAUGAAUCGCUCAAGCUCAAGAUUGAGCGUAUGGAGCGACGGAUGCACAUGAAGCAGACACGCAGUAUCCUCCAUCAUCUGCCCACUGUGGAGACGAAGGUGAAGAACAACGGGAUGACACCGAAGCCGCACUUCCGGAUGGACUUGGCACUGCCGGGAAAUGCUGCAAAAUGUGAUAAUGGCAUGGAGGAUGUGAAGCCCGAUGUGGGGGUGAUGCUGCAGCGGACACAGGUGGAUGUGCAGGAGAAGGCAGUGGAGCCCAAUGGGGUGCCAAUUGGGAAGAUUGUGCUCAACAAUGCCGGGAAUAUUGAGAACAUUCAGCCGGCUGAGAAGGCGUUGAAGGAAAUUAAAUUAGAAAUUGUCGAUGAACGCUCUCCGGAUAGUCCGGAAGUGUCCAAUCCCCCAGUGGAGCACGCAGAGGAGAUGCCACAGGAGCAAAUGGAGGAGAAGCAGCAAGUGGUGGAUGUGGUGCCCAGUAUGGAUGUAGGUGGGCAAUUUGAGGUGGAAGUGGAGGAUGAGGGUGCCAAGAAGAGGAGACUCUCUGAGCAAUUGGCUGUACCAAGUGAGAAAGCCACCAAAAAAGCCCCCAAAUUGGCCACCAUGACCACCUCAAAGCAGUACGUGACGCGUGAUUGGGAACUCCUGGAGCUGGAGGAGGAACUAAUGCAGAUCAUUGAGAAGCGCGGUGACAUUGAGAUCAACCUGGAGGUGCCCAGUUGGCGCAUUGUGGACGACGAUGAGCCGCCCGAGAUGAUCUUUGAGACAUUUGAGGAGGAAAUUCGCGAGGAGGCGUACAUGAAGCGCCACCUGAAGUUUGAAAUUGACGAACGUCGCCGGAAGAAGUGGGAUGUGCAGCGAAUCCGGGAGCAGAGAACAAUUGAGCGUCUCAAAAAGCGCCACUACAAGCUCGACGCCGCCACAGCGGGUGAGGACAAGGGCGCCGCCUGUCCGGCUUCCUUCUACCCAAGUCCCGACACAAUUCGCUUCAUCCAGAUCACCGACGAGCUCCCGGUGCAGGCAUUUGGGGAACAAAUACCCACCGUACCACCGGCGGAAUUCCACCUGCCGUGGGAAGGUACCUCCGGCGACGGGGGCUCCCAUGCGGUGCUCAUUGCACCGCAGGAACCCGAAAAAUGCGUCGCAUCGACGAUGUUCGUGAAACGGAUGUCCGGACAGAAGAUGCAUCACAAGACCCCACGCAAAAAUGCCCAAAAAGCCGCUGCGGGGGGCAAAAGAUAAAAUUCAACAUUGUGUUUUGUAGCCCCAUAGAGAGCUUAAAUUGUAUAUGUAAUUUUUAUUUUUAUUUUUCCCCUAAAUGACUACAGCAAAAAUUAUAAAGUAAAAAAUAUAAAAUAAAAUAUAAAUGAUAAAGUGAAAAAAAAA